AUGGCGGCAGUGAUGGAGAUCAACCUGCAGAACUCCCGCGUGACAGGACAGGUCGUCUCCCAGAACGCGAACUUCGUCCACGUCAAGGUGUCGUCCUGGGAGGGCGUGGUCGGCCCCGACGGCGCCCCAUGGAGCGACGACGCACCGCCACGUGGCGAGAUCCUCUGCGUGUGCCGCGGCCUGCUCCGGAAACGCAACCAGCGCCCGAUCGUCGGCGACCGCGUCAACGUCGAGAGCAUCGACUGGGUCGAUGGCCGCGGCGUCGUGCAGUCCAUCGGCGACCGCGACAGCGUCGUCGAGGAGCCCCUCGUCGCCAACGUGGACCACAUCGUCAUCGCGCUCGGGGUGCACAAUCCGCCGCUCGACCCCGUCCAGGCCAUGAAGUUCCUGGCAUCUGCGCACGGCUCCAAGCUCCCCGUGACGGUCGUGCUGAACAAGUGCGACCUCCUGCCGCCGGACGAGCUCCGCGACGUCGUGCGCCACGUCGAGUCCUGGGGCUACGAGCCGCUCGCCAUCAGCGUCCGCGGCAACCUCGGCCUCGACGCCGUGAUGGCGCGGCUGCGUGGGCGCGUGAGCGUGAUCGCGGGGCCGUCGGGCGUGGGCAAGUCGUCGCUGAUCAACGCGCUGCGGCUCAAGGCGCUCGGCGUGGACGUCGACGCUGCACGGGACGAAGCGGACCGCCUGCGCGAGGCGGCGGAGGAGCGUUUGGCUGCGCUGACGGCCGGGGGCGGGGACGGGGACGGAGAGGACGAGGAGGAGGGUGUGGAGGGCGGGGGCGGGGCGGACGCGGGCGGUGCGGGGCCGCGGGGCGAGCUGGAGGAGGGUGGGGAGUUGAGUUACACUCAGGGGUUGAAGGAGUAUAAAAAGGGGGAGUGGAAGGAGGCGCGGGUGGCGCUGGGCGGGGGCGGCGCGUCGUUGGAGGACCUGACGGAGGCGGAGCUCGAGGACCUCGUCGAGGGCGUCGCGGGGGGCGGGCGGCAGUGGUACGAGCUUCGACACGGCGGCGUGGAGGUCGAGCUGCUGCGGACGGGCCGCGUGUCGGACGUGACGGGCCGCGGGCGCCACACCACGCGCACCGUCUCGCUCAUCGACCUGCCCGGGGGGGGACUGCUGGCAGACACCCCCGGCUUCAACAUCCCCUCGAUGGCCAACGUCGCCCUCGCCGACCUCGACGAGUGCUUCCCGGACAUCCAGGACCUGUUCGACGAGCACGGAGCGUGCCGGUUCAGCGACUGCACGCACUCCGGCGAGCCCGGCUGCGUCGUGGCGGAGCACCUGUCCCCGGAGCGGCUGGAGGUGUACUUGACGAUCCGUGCGGAGGUAGCGGAGCGGGAGGAGGUGGAGGCGCGGCGGUCGAUGGGCAAGCGGCGGCGGGAGGGCGCGGGGACGAUCAAGCGCAAGGCCGGGAAGGGCGACGGGAACAGCGGGCGCGCGGAGGUGCGCCUGGAACCGAAGCGGUUCCGGCGGCAGAACCGCAGGACCGCGCGGCAGACGAUCGAGGAGACUAUGGACAUUCAGGAGUGGCGGUAG